AUGGUACCGAGCUCCCCCUUCUCCAGCUACAGCCCCUUCCCCUCAUUCGUUCCUCAACCCACGUUGCAGUACUCGCCUUUCGUUUUUCCGAAUUCGAUAGCGAACACUCACGCCACGACGUCGCUACGACACCCGGCCAGUCCCAACGCCUCAGGCGACGGGACUCGCCGCAAUGGACGCCGCGAAAGGACAUCCUUCAACAGGCUUCAGCUCGAGCAUUUGGAGCGUGUCUUCAGGGAGACCCACUAUCCUGAUCUUUACAAAAGGGAAGAAGUCGCUCGUGCCAUAAAUCUGCAGGAAGCCAGAGUUCAGGUCUGGUUCAAAAAUCGACGAGCGAAAGACCGGCAGCUGAAAAAGACGCAUCUACUGCAGACUACUGGACGCACACCUUCUGGGUCAUCGUCGAAUGAAAGCCCUCCUCCGGAGCCGAAGGUGGAUAUGAAAGCUAUCUCACACAUUCCUUUGCCGGGAACGGCCGAAUUUGACCAACGAAACGACUCGAAAUACCUCACAGUAGGUGGUAUGGGUUUGAAGCUGGAUAAAGAAGAGUAUAAGUUGGUUGACAAUAAGUAUCCGAGCAAUACUGUUACACCAACAACAUGGGCUUAUCCACUUCCAACCGCAAACUACUCUAUCUACAACAAUUUCUAUGCUACUCCUGCAAAUUAUUAUCAACAAUAUGGAUACACGUCAGACUACACACCACAAAACCCGUCUUAUUGCGGUCAACUCUAA